AUGCAGUCACCACCUCCGACUCCAACAAACGAAAAUCGCGUCACCGAAACUCGAGAACAAGCAGAACUUGCGCAUGCUAAAAUGAAUGAAAAACUUGUUCCGACUUUCAAGGGAACUUUACAAGAACAAAAUGUUAAUGUUAAUUCAACAGAGAUACCAAUAACGAUUUAUACACCUGUUGAUGUUAAUAAAGCAAAACUUGUGAUAUUUUUUCAUGGAGGAGGUUUUACAGUGUGUAGUAGAAAAACACAUCAAACUAUUGUUAAUAUGCUAGCUGAUGCUACAAAAACUAUUUGGAUUUCAGUGGAAUAUCGCCGAGGACCAGAGCAUAAAUUUCCUAUCUGGUGGGAAGAUGCUUGUGAAGUAACUCGACAUAUUUUGGAAAAUAAAGAGUCCUAUGGUGUUAACUCAUCAGCAAAAGUAGGCUUGGCUGGUGAUAGUGCAGGUGCUACACUAAGUGCAUCAAUUUGUCACACAUUGAAAAAUAUUGAUUUUCAGGUACAAUUAGCAUAA